AGUUAAAUUUAUGUUAUAUUUUUAAUAAAUAAACCAAAUGAAUAUUAAAAAAUAUACCAAAUCAAAUGUUUAUCCACCAUUUUCCAAAAAUGAAAAAAGAAGUAUUAGAGGGAGUGAUAAAAAGACUGUUGACUUCCGCACCAACCAAAAAAACUCUAGGAGGUUGCCAUAAUCCCUUCCGAGUGCCUCCCCAUCAAGACUGCCGGAUUCUCAAUCCAUCUCAUGAAGCGCAUCCAAAAGGCUCCGGUUUGGGGCAUCUCGCUCAAGCUGCAGGAGCGGGAGCGCGAACGCCGCAAUCCGCCAUCAAGACCGAUGACAUAUGGAGAUAGCUAAGGAGACGAUUGAAAUCCUCUAUGCUUUGGGUAUGAGACUAUGAGUGAACUUCCUGGAUUAGUAAAGGAUGAGAGAGAGAGGUAGAGAGAGAGAAAGAAGAGGUGAACUUAGAACACGGGAAAGGAGGACGACUCAGAGCAGAGAGCAUGGCAGAUCUCCAUGGAGAGAUAAACAGAGAAGGACGACAACAGAUGGAAAGAAUGAAUAUCAGAUUGAUCAGAACCAGCUGCGAAGAAGGAGGCUUGGGGACUCAUAUGAUUGGGGCUUGUAUAAACAAGCAACGCCCUAUUUCUUCACUAAUUUCCCAGAAGAGUGGACACAAGAAGACAUGUGGAGGACCUUUAUGAAGUUUGGGAGGGUUUUCGACAUCUACAGCCCCCCUAGAAGAAGCAGAAACGGUAGUAGAUUCGGAUUUGUAAGAUUCUUGGGGGUGAACGACAGAAAAGAGCUAGAAAGAAAGCUGGACAACAUCUGGAUUGGGGAUCACAAAUUAUGGGUAAACUACCCAAGGUAUAAUGACAUCCAGCAGAAGGGUAGGGAAUUUAAAAUAAGCCACGCUGUGGAGCCACAAGCGCAGAGCAGAACCUACGCAGAAGUGGUGAAGGGACAGCAAACAAGUAGACAUGGAAAAGGGGAAGGAGGUUGGAGCAGGGACGGUUAUGCUAUGGAUAAAGAGCAGGACAGAAAAAUCACCAGUUCAGAAGAUCAGAUAAGGGACAAAAAGAAGGUAUGGGUAGAGAAAGGAAGGAAGGAUACCUGGGCUGGUUUAGAGUACAACUCCAACAAAGAAGAAUCCUCAUGGCUGGAGGGUUGUUAUGUGGGAACGACUCACUCUGUAGAAAUGGUUAGAAACUUGCAGGAAAAAUUUUAUAUGGAAGGAUAUUUUACCUGCAGAGUUCGUGCAAUGGGAGGAAGAUUGGUGCUGAUGGAUUGUGAAGAUAGAGAAGAGUUGAAACACUUGGUAGAAUCGGCAUCAGAAUGGCUGGGUCAGUGGUUCGAAAAGGUGUGUCCCUGGUCUCCAGAGUUGAUAGCGAAAGAAAGAUUCGUUUGGAUUAGAUGCCAAGGAGUGCCAUUGGACGUUUGGGGCCAUGACUUUUUUGCAUCCAUGGGGCGGUCAUGGGGUAAGUUCAUUUGUGUGGAUGAUAGCACAAGCCAAAGAAGGAGGUUUGACAUAGCUAGAUUCCUUAUUUCAACUCCAAUCAUGAAUACAAUCUCAGUGUUGAGAGAAAUCAAAAUCAAUGGGUCCAUGUACAAAAUCAAGUUCUCGGAGGAGGAAUUCACAAAUAGUUUCUUCUCUUUAAAACAGGAUUUUAUUCCUCAUUUUCAAAGCGAAUCGGAGGAACAUGAAUCAUGGUCAUUGGAGAGUGAGUCCGAGGAUUAUGUCUGGGAAAAAGCAAUGGAGAAAGAACAGGGGAUCGGCAGACCGAAGGAACCCGAGCUUGAAGAUGAUGACGUGGAAGGUAGAAGAGGAGAGGUAGGUGAUAAGUCUCAAUCACACGUGCAGGAUGAGGAGGAGACAGUGGAGAAAGUUGCGGACAGCCUGGAGUGUUUUCAAAUUUCAAACGGUAAUCUGGACAAAAAAACAGAGGGGAGAGCAACACAGGAGGCGGGGAAUGAGGAAAGGUCGAGGAGUUCAAAUGAAGAAAGGAAAAAGAGGCCGGGCUUUAAAAAGAAAAUAAAUUUGGGCCAAAGAAGGCAGCCCACACAUUAUGAGAACAGCCCAAUCCAGGCGAGCUCAUCAAGCAUGGGGCCGGGCAUGUGCAGAUCAUAUCAAAUCGAGGGAGCAAAGUCAAUUUCUGUAAACAAAUCAAAAAUUUCGAGAAACAAGGGCUCUGCAACGAGAGGUAGCGAAGAGGAAAAGGAAGAUCUCGGUGGGCAGGGCAAAGCAAGUAAAGAAAACCAGAUGAAGAGGACGAAGUGGUGCAAAGAAGGCUUCCCGCAGCAAAGGAAGAAGAAAAUCCGCCUCUGCAGUUCGGUAUACAUCAAGGCCAGAUCUGUAGAAGAAGGAAUGCAGAGGAGAAAAAACCGAGGGAGGCAAAAUAUGAAAUCAAAGGAGGGGAGGGCAAAGCCGAAGUUCAUAGCAAGCCCAAAUGGUGAAAUUGCAGGAGAUUCGAUUGGAGACAGUGGGAUCCAGAACUGCAAUCGAGCUUUGAGAAAGCAAUUGCAAACCCAGCUAGCGAAGGACAUAUGGGACUUAGCCAAAAGGUUGGGCGCCACAGCGGAGAAUGAUGAGGAGAUAUUGCAAAAAAUUAAUGAAAUGGAGGGUAGAGACAAACGAAGCAAAGAAAACGUAGAGAAGCGAACGGCGGAGGAUGCAAAGAAGGAUGCUGGGCUGAUAGAUUUACCCUUGGUGGGCAGGAAGUACACCUGGCACAGUGCAAAUGGAAAACACAGAAGCAGGAUAGAUAGGUUCUUACUAUCAGACGAAUGGCUGAAGAAUUGGAGCGAUAUAAAACAGUGGGGUUUGGGAAGAACAGUUUCCGACCAUUGCCCCUUAUUACUAAAGAAUGAAAAGGUUGAUUGGGGGCCAAAACCUUUUAAAUUCUUUGACGCUUGGCUAGAAUAUCCUGAGUGCAAACAGUUGAUAAGUCAAGUGUGGAAAUCAGAGGCAGUGAGUGGAUGGAUGGGAUUCAGACUCAAAGAGAAACUGAAAAAAACCAAAAAAGCCCUGAAGGAAUGGAGUGCAAAUCACAUGACGGAUGUGGACAGAAGAAUAAGUGAAGCUGAAAAGAGUAUAGCAGAACUGGACAGCAAAGAAGAAAUCAGCCAACUCACAGAAGGGGACAUCGAACUUAGGAGAAGUAGCUUCCUUACUCUAUGGAAGAAUAUGAGAAUCAAAGAGAGCAUGCUGCAACAGAAAUCAAGAAAGGUGUGGUUGAAAGAAGGGGAUGCAAACACAAAAUUUUUCCACAGAAGUGUGAAGGGCAGAUGGAGAAGAAACGAAAUUAAUAGCAUCCAAAUCAAUGGGGAGCAAUACAGAGGUGUGGCAGAAAUCAGAGAGGGCAUGCUAAGGUAUUUUAAGGGGCUGUUUACAGAAGAAAUGUGGCAAAGACCAAAGCUUGACGGAAUAAGCUUUAGACAACUAGAUGAGAAGGAUAAUGAUCUCCUUAUGGCAAAAUUCACUGAAGAAGAUAUUCAAAAUGCAGUGUGGGAUUGUGACUCGUCAAAGUCUCCGGGCCCGGAUGGUUUCAACUUCAAAUUCAUAAAAACAAUGUGGGAGGAAAUAAAGCAGGAUGUUAUUGGGUUCGUACAGGAAUUUCAGGAGCAGGGCAAAUUAGUAAGAGGCUCAAAUUCCUCCUUCAUAACUCUAAUCCCGAAGGUCGAAAACCCCCAAAGAAUUGAAGAGUACAGGCCAAUAUCACUCAUCGGAGCAAUGUAUAAGAUUCUAGCAAAGCUAUUAGCAAAUCGCCUCAGGAAAGUACUUGACAAGAUCAUAGGGGAGCAACAGAUGGCGUUUAUAGAAGGCAGACAGCUGAUGGACGGAGUGGUGAUUGCAAACGAGGUCAUAGACGAAGCGAAAAGGAGGGGACUAAAAAGCUUUUUAUUCAAAGUCGAUUUUGAAAAAGCUUAUGACAAGGUGAGCUGGGAUUUUGUUGACUAUAUGCUUAUGAGGACGGGAUUCACAGUUAAAUGGAGAAAGUGGGUAAGGGAAUGCUUGCAAUCGAGUAUGAUCUCCAUCCUUGUGAAUGGAAGCCCCACAAAGCAAUUCUCGGUCAACAAAGGAAUAAGACAAGGCGACCCCCUUUCGCCUUUUCUAUUCUUACUAGUGGCAGAAGGUUUGAAUGGGUUAAUGCAAUCUGCGGUGGAGAAAAACUUGUUCAAAGGGGUGAGGAUCGGUAAUGGAAAUUUAGCAGUAUCUCAUCUCCAGUUUGCCGAUGAUACAUUAUUCUUCGGGGAGGCUUCGGAUGAAAACAUACAAGUAGUCAAAUGCAUUUUGAGGACUUUCGAACUUGCUUCGGGGUUGAAAAUCAACUUUGGUAAAAGUCAGUUAAUGGAGAUUGGAACUGAGGAGGGCUGGAAGGAGAGAAUGGCUUGGAAAUUGUGCUGCAAAGAAGGAGAUCUACCAUUCAAGUAUCUGGGAAUACCAGUAGGAGGGAAUCACAGAAAGUUAGCAUUGUGGAAGCCAUUGUUGGAGUCUUUCAAGAAGAAAUUAGCUAGCUGGAAAGGCCAAAACUUAUCCCUAGGAGGUCGGAUCACGCUCUUGAACUCGGUGUUGUCCAGUUUACCUGUGUAUCUAAUGUCGGCCUACAAAAUCCCCAAAGGUAUUCUUUAUUCCUUAGAUAAAAUACGUAGGAAUUUUUUAUGGGGAGGGUUGGGGGAGGAGAAGAAAAUUAAAUGGGUUAGCUGGGAGAGGGUGUGUAGGAAGAAGGAGUGUGGAGGCCUGGGAGUGAAGGAUCUAAGGAAGUUUAAUAUGGCGUUGAUGGGAAAAUGGUGGGGACGGUUAGCGAAAGGGGAAGAGGGGCUUUGGGGGAAAGUUAUAAGGGGAAAAUAUGGAGGUAACGGGGGUCAGUGGCUGGAAUGGGUGAGAGAUGGAAGAAGAGUAGGAUCACUUUGGUGGAGAGACCUUCAAAGUCUCAAUGUGGGGGAGGACGGGAACGAGGGAUGGUUGACGGAGGGGUUUAGAAUAAAGAUAGGUGAAGGGAAAGGUGUGAGUUUUUGGUGGGAUGAAUGGUGUGGAGAGAAUUGCCUAGCGAACAUAUAUCCUAGAUUGUAUAUACUGUCAACAGGGAAGGAAAAAGAUUGUCAGCAAAUGGGAGAGAAUCAUAACGGCACAUGGCAGUGGAACAUGACAUGGAGAAGGGCCCUGUUUCAGUGGGAGGAGGAGGCUGAAAAGGAACUGCAGAAGACAAUCGAAAAAGUCAAAAUCUCCCCAGGUUGUGCAGAUAAAUGGGAGUGGAUCCACAGCGCAGAUGGACAAUACUCAACGACAACAGCUUAUGCAGUACUAACAAAACAAAGGAAGGAAGAGGAUGAGGAGAAAAUAUUCAAGAGAGUAUGGAACCCAACCAUCCCAACAAAAGUAGCUGCAUUCAACUGGAGGGUAUUAAUUGAUAGAAUCCCAACUAGGACUAAUUUGUUCAAACGGGGAAUCAUAAAAGAAUUGGAAGAAAGGAAAUGCGCCUUGUGUAUGGAAGAAAAGGAAGAUUCAAGCCAUUUGUUUUUGAACUGCAGUGUAGCUAAGUGGCUGUGGAAAGCUUGUACAAAGUGGUGGGGAGUCAAAACAGUCUUACAAAAUGAAUGCUGGCCAACAUUUCAACACUUGGGAGCAUGGACAAAAAAGCCAUACAAAAAGGAAGGUUGGGACUGUAUAUGGAAUGCAAUGUUAUGGACUGUGUGGAUGGCGCGUAGCAAAAAGAUUUUCGACAAUGCAGAGGUAAACUUGAUUAAGCUUUUUGAACUUAUUCAAUUAAGGUCUUUUGCUUGGAUUAAAGCUAGGAAACCCAAGUGUUACUUCAAUCUAUCAGACUGGUUAAUUAACCCUGCCUCUUGCCUUCAUAAAGCAUAGUAGGAUAUGUUUGAAAGAGGGUAGUAACACUGAAGAGAUUGUAAUUUGUUCUUGGAAAUGGGUUAGAGUACCCCUUGUACUCAAGUUAUUAAUAUAACUCUAUUAGCUGU